AUGCCGGUCUGCAUUCUUCCAUGGACCACUGAGACAGAGAUUCUGCCCACUCUUCUCGACGACGUCUUCAGCCAAUUCGAGCAAUUCGAACGAGCCGCAAGUUCGAUUCCGCUUCCUGCACAAACGGAAAGAAAGGCGAGAACGGCUCCGGGAGGCAAUCCUGAAACGGUUACCGAUGAGGAAUCAAAAUUAUCGUUCUUAGUAAAUGUUUCCGAAUUCAAACCAGAUGAGCUGACAGUGAGCAUCGAUGGUCGGACGUUGAAGGCAAGCAAGUCACUCCUUCAGCGAUGGACUCCUCCAGAAGACGUUGACGUCGACCAAAUACAAUCCACUCUGACUGAAAACGGCCAGAUGUCCAUCGAGGUGGUGCCCAAGCCAAAACCAUUUGCCACUGCCAGAACCAUCCCGAUCCGGACGGCUGUCGAUUGGCCGUAA